AUGUUGGAACUCGUCAGGCGACUUUUCCGACGCCAAAAAAGCCUCUACGGGCUAGACCAUGCGGUCCUCAAUGUGGUCCUACCACUUCAAAGUAUGUGGAUGAAUAUGGGAUAUUGGGAACAUACAUCAAAGUUUCCAGAGGCCUGCGAGUCUUUGCUAGUUGAAGUACUACGUGCAGGUCUUCUGGAAGACAAAAGCCAAAUCCUGAAACUACUAGAUGUCGGAUGUGGAUGUGGUGAUUCAUCACUUUAUCUCACUCAGAAAAUCCAAUCAGAUUCCAAAUUUGCUCCCAGUUAUGAAAGCAAUUCACAAGUUCAAGCCCGGGAAAUCACAAGUCAAAGGUCGAUCGACACUUACAUUGGGAUCACCCUGGUGCCUGAACAGGCAGCAUUCGCACAGCAGCGGAUUGAUGAAAGCCGAAAAUUGAAUCAAGAGGCUGCAAGCGGGUUUGCCGAAGUUUUCUGCGCUGAUGCUGCCGAUCCAUCUAGCUGGUCUGGAGAGUUGAAGGACUCUAUUUCCCACAUGGCCGACAAAUCAAGUGAUCCCAAAGUAGGUACAUGGGUUCUUGCUCUGGAUACGAUGUAUCACUAUCGCCCCUCGCGCCUCCCGCUCUUUCAAUAUGCGAACUCUACUCUUAACGCCUCGAUUAUGGCGUUUGAUCUGAUUCUGGGGUCUGAAACGACCUGGAAACAGCGUCUCUUUCUCCGAUUGACGUGCUGGCUCACUAGGUCACCAUAUGGGAAUUUUGUUCCUCAAGAGGAAUAUAAAAAUCUUCUGAUUAAGGGAGGGUACGAGCCUUCCCAAAUCGAAAUCAGGGAUAUAUCGGGUCAUGUCUUCCCCGGUCUCGUGAAAUUUCUUAACCAAAGAGUCAAGGAAGGAACACCGUUCGGGCUGAAUGUGAGCAAAUUUCGUGCGGCUGAAUUGCUGUUUGGCUGGUGGGCAAAUACUGGAGUUAUCAGAGGAGUAAUUGUCACUGCCCGCAAAUCAUGA